CAAAAAUUCCUAUACAACAAUUUUAAUAAUGAUAUAAAAUAUAGUGUUAAAAACUCAAAACAAUUAAUUGAUUCUCUUCAAGAUAUCCAAAUCAAUAAUAACUCCAUCCUCAUCUCUUUCGAUAUUAAAAACUUAUAUUCUAAUAUUCCUAUAAAAGAUUCAUUAAAAAUAAUCGAAGCCCACCUUUGUAAUAACAUAUGCAAAUAUGACAGUGUUCAAUACCAAGACAUAUAUAACUUCAUUUCCUUGUUGGAAUUGGUAUGCAAUCAGAAUUUUUUCAUUUUUGAUAACAAAUUUUACCAGAUGAAGGAUGGCCUCCCCAUGGGUUCACCCAUUUCAGGGAUAAUUGCUGAUAUUUUUGUUAACCACUUCGAAGGGAUUCUGUUCUCGGAGAAAUAUGAAUUUUUUACUAAAAAUAUUAUCUUUUAUAAAAGAUACGUUGAUGAUAUCCUUCUGAUAUACAACGGUAAAAGAUCCCACAUUAUAGCUCUUAAUAACAUUUUUAACAAUAUUAAUAAUCUUCAAUUUACUUACGAAGUAGAAAAAUGUUCAUCUAUUUGCUUCCUUGAUCUUACUAUAACAAAGUGCACCUCCGAGAACAGAAUCCUAUUCGACAUAUAUAGAAAACCUACUACUACCAAUACCUUAAUCCCAAAAAAUUCAUUUACAUCAUUUCAACAUAAAUACGCAUCUUUUCGUUUCUUUUUUGAUAGAAUUUUAAAUUACCCACUUUCACGUGCUAGUUUUAACAAGGAAAUUAAUACUAUCAUCAAGCUGGGCUUCGAUAAUGGUUACUCCCUUCAGGAGCUUCAAAAUUUAUUUUUCCGCAUUCAUCAAGCUAGAAUUAAUAAUCUCAUAUAUCCCCACUUUUCCAACCCCGGCGUUUUUGUCUCUAUACCUUUCCACCCUUUAAUCCAAAAACAAUUUUCCGAUAUUUUCAAUAAGUUUAAUGUCACACCGGUAUACCGUGCUAAUGCUAAAUUGGGCCAAUUAUUAACUAAUAAUAAACACAUAUUCGAUGAUAAACUUAAAAGUGGGAUUUACAAACUUAAUUGUAACGAUUGCGAUUCCUUUUAUAUAGGACAAACUGGAAGGAAUAUCAGUACUAGAUUCAAGGAACACUUAAAUAAAGAAAAUUCUACUUUUUAUAAACAUUUAAAAGAACAUAAACAUAAAACUGAUAUAUCCAAAAUUAAACUUCUAAAACAUCUUAAUAAAUCCAGAAAAAUGGACCUAUUUGAGGAAUACUAUAUAAAAUCAUACCACAUUAAAAACCCUGAACAUAUUUUGAAUGAAAUUACUGAUUUUAACAAUUAUAAUAGAUAUUUUACACCUUUCAUAUAAUUUCAAACUCACCGCUCUUGCAUUUGGUUUGUCACAUCCUGAUACCAAUUUUUCAUUUUCUUAAGUUGUCAUAUUACUUACUUCCUCUUUUAACUGACCUCAGUCCGUUGUAACCAGUCGAUAUGUGCACACGACUCAAGUUUUUCGGUAACACUUAACGUUAUAAUACGCUUUCAAUAAUAUUAAUACCCUUUUCUUUUAGAUUUUUAACGAUAAAUUCCCUUUUUAUAACACGCCUUCAGCUUUCACAUUUUCUUUUACGCCUGCCUUCAGCAUUUCAAAACUUUAUUAACCUAUCACCCGACGUUGGAGUUUUUAACCUGACAUGGUAAACCCACGCCGUUUUCAAAAAUUUCACUUUUUUCUUUAAUCCAAAAUUAUAUUUUUAAUCAUCGGUCCGUCGUAGUUUUUUGUAAGAGAAAUUUUUCCACAUGAUCAUUUUUUCACGUGUUCAUCAUUCUUAGUUUUUGACGUCGUACCUGAAGACGCUUUUAGAAAAAGCGAAACAUUGUUGUACCGAAAUUAGAAAAAAAUAAUAAAUAAUCAUCGUGGACUUAUUCUUUUUUAUCCUAUUAAGAGGAAUAAAGGCUAUUUAUUAGAAAUGUACGAGAUAACUAAAUUUAAAAAACAGAAUCCUGGCAAAAUAGCAUUAAACGAACAAAUAAAUCACAUUAUAUAGUAAUUUAAAAGAUCCUUUUAAAAAUCUUUAAAAGAAAAACUUUUUUUCCCUUCCUUUUCUAUAUUCGACUUGAAAAACAAGUUUAUAUAUUCUCGAAAUACUACUUGUGUUAUUUUAUUUUAAGAAAUAAGAUGUUAAGUCAUUGUGUUGUGUUCGUAUAAAGAUGUAUGGUAAUUGUUUUAACUUUUAAAGUAGUAAUUUGACGUAAGUUACAAACUAAAUAAGGAAUUUUCUAUUUUAACGUGUAAACCUUUUAAUAUGUAGGUGUCUUCUGAAGAUGGUAAUUUAAUAACCGAAACCGUAUAUGGUCAUUUUAUUGCCUAAAUUUGAUAAUAGACGAUGUCUGCGCCUUCGUGCGGUUGCCGAAACUUUACGGAAAAUGAAAGCGUGGUAUAGUACAUAGAAUCUAUUUAAGGAAAAGCAAGGUGUUGCUUUUUUCAAAAAAGGGCAAAGAAAACUGUUUAAUACUUUAGAAUCAACUUGUGGAUCUCACACAUUACCUAACAUCCGUGUACGAUAGCUGUUAACAUUCUUUUAUCGCUUACUUAACAAUAAACUCAAUCAAACUCAUCAAGAUAAACCAAUACUGUGAUAUUGGUUGCAUACUUGCAAUGAUGACGUCAGGUACGAUAAUUAAUUAACACACUGUACAUUUCAAGCUGUUUAAUUGCUUCGCAGUUCUGGUAAUAAAAUAUAUAGGAAAACAUAAAGAAAUAAAACAACAUACAUUUAACAAGAAAAAAUACUUUUUUUAGUGUGUAUAGAUGCUUAUAUACAAACAGACUAAUAGACAGACAUUAAAAACUAUUCCCAUUUGUCGUUUUAAAAAUAAUAAUAAAAUAUAGCUUAAUACGUUAAAUACAUCAACUCGAACUUAUUCAUUAAAAAUAAUUAUUGUAUUAAAAAUCAAAUAAUUACUAAACAAAAUCAGACACUCACAAACAGUUAUCUUAAAGAUAUUAACUACAACAUCCUUUUCAGAUCAACUAUUUAUGAUUGUUUGAUUUAUUUAAAAAAGAAAUACAAAAUAUGUUGUUCCUGUUGCGUUAUUUGUUUAUCAUGUUUUUAUAUAUUGGUGAAAAUAAGAAAUCAAGAAAUAAUCAGGUACUAUUAUAACAAAAAAGAAUUAAGUUAAAUCGUAUUUAAUAAAAAUAAAAGAAAAAUUAAUAAAGCUUUAUUACAAGUUACUGCACCCCCAUUUAAACUUACUUCAUUACUUCAACAAAUAAAAAAAAUGACUUACAACCUACAACCGCAUUAAAAAAGCUAAUCUCGAUAUAGACACGAUAAUCCACCUAAAGCUCCUACGUUUCUAUAAAAAAAAUAAAACGAAAAAGAAAUAUAAAAAA